GACGGAGAGUCGGAGGGACCGAAAGGGUUGGGGGCGGAGGCAGCGACUCCAGGGGAGGUGCAGGAGGCGGAGCGCGUCAGAACUCCGGCGGCGGGUCGCGGCCCCCAGCCCUGUGCCGGCAGAUAGCGUGGGUGGGGCGCCUAUCUCCUUCCCUGCUGCGCCGACCGAGUGUCUUGAGACCUCUACCUCCUCCAUUUCCCCUGUUCCCUCAGUAGGCUCCCCAUGGGCCGCACCGUCGUUGUGCUAGGCGGAGGCAUCAGCGGCCUGGCCGCCAGUUACCACCUGAGCCGGGCCCCCUGUGCCCCCAAGGUAGUGCUGGUGGAGGGCAGCGAACGCCUGGGAGGCUGGAUCCGUUCCGUACGAGGGCCAGGUGGUGCCAUCUUUGAACUUGGACCUCGAGGAAUUCGGCCGGCGGGGGCCCUGGGAGCCCGGACCCUGCUCCUGGUUUCUGAGCUUGGCUUGGACUCAGAAGUGUUGCCUGUCCGCGGAGACCAUCCAGCUGCCCUGAACAGGUUCCUGUAUGUGGGUGGCGCCCUGCACGCCUUGCCCUCUGGCCUCAGGGGGCUGCUUCGCCCUUCACCUCCCUUCUCCAAACCUCUGUUUUGGGCUGGGCUGAGGGAGUUGGCCGCGCCCCGGGGCAGAGAUCCUGAUGAGUCUGUGCACAGUUUUGCCCAGCGCCGCCUUGGACCUGAGGUGGCGUCUCUAGCCAUGGACAGUCUCUGCCGUGGAGUGUUCGCAGGCAACAGCCGUGAGCUCAGCAUCAGGUCCUGCUUUCCCAGUGUCUUCCAGGCUGAGCAGACCCAUCGUUCCGUAUUACUGGGGCUGCUGCUGGGGGCAGGGCGGAGCCCACAGCCAGACUCAGCACUCAUCCGCCAGGCCCGAGCUGAGCGCUGGAGCCAGUGGUCACUCCGGGAAGGGCUGGAGACGUUGCCCCAGGCGCUUAACACCCACCUGAUUAGUAGGGGGGUCAGUGUUCUUAGAGGCCAGCCGGUCCACGGGCUCAGCCUCCAGGCAGAAGGGCGCUGGAAGGUGUCUCUCGGGGACAGCAGCCUGGAGGCUGACCACGUCAUUAGUGCCAUUCCAGCUUCAGUGCUCAGCAAGCUGCUUCCUGCGGAGGCUGCACCUCUGGCUCGCACCCUGAGUACCAUCACUGCUGCAUCUGUGGCCGUGGUCAAUCUGCAGUACCAAGGAGCUCGUCUGCCUGUCCAGGGAUUUGGACAUUUGGUGCCAUCCUCAGAAGACCCAGGUGUCCUGGGAAUCGUGUACGACUCAGUUGCUUUCCCUGAGCAGGAUGGGAGCCCCCCUGGCCUCAGAGUGACUGUGAUGCUGGGAGGUUCCUGGUUAUGGAUGCUGGAAGCCAGGGGCUGUGUCUUGUCUCAGGAGCUGUUCCAACAGCAGGCACAGGAAGCAGCUGCCACACAGUUAGGUCUGAAGGAGCCACCGAGUCAUUGCUUGGUCCACCUACACAAGAACUGCAUCCCCCAGUAUACACUAGGCCACUGGCAAAAACUGAAGUCAGCCACCCAAUUCCUGGCUGCUCAGAGGCUGCCCCUGACUCUGGCUGGAGCCUCAUACGAGGGGGUUGCUGUUAAUGACUGUAUAGAAAGUGGGCGCCAGGCAGCUGUCCGGGUCCUGGGCACAGAACCUAGCAGUUGAGCCCCAACUCACAUCAGUUCCUGCCCCUGCUGGCAGGGGAUUCUCUCACUCAUGAAAAUAAAAGUUGCUGGAGCUAGG